CAUACAUACACUGUUGUUAGCGACGUAGCCUCUACGACCACAUUCAUUUUUGACAUUUCCAUUCAGGACCACUUUUUCAAACUUCACUUUUUGUCACGGCCAGGUGAAUGUACAAGUAGCGGUCUCCUGUUCGGGCUCUGUUACACUGGUGGGACAUAUCGUUGCUGGUGGCAGCCCUGAGAGCUCCUUCGAGUAUGCGUGUACAAUGAAGAGGCGUGUGGAGGACCAGGAACCAGUAUUUGCACCCCAGCAACAGCCAUCACACCGCCCCCCACUGCAAGGAACAGCAGACGGCUUACAGCACCGGGCCCUCACCCCGGCCCAGACUUUGAUUGAUACAGCUGCAGACAACAUGCAGCCAUCCACUGGAAUCCAGUAUUCUCUCCCCCAAGGCUACCAGGUGCCAACAAUGCCUCAGAACACAGGUGGACAUGCACAAGGACAUAACAGCUCUGCACCUCAUGUUGGUCCCCAUGCACACAGCCUGGCAGUGCAGUCCCAGGGCCCUGCAGUGGUCCAAGGACAUGUUCAUCAACCGGCACCCAUGACUUCAGCUCAAGGACAGCAGCAGUUUCAGAGGCUAAAGGUAGAAGAUGCCUUGUCCUAUCUGGACCAAGUGAAGCUACAGUUUGGGAACCAGCCCCAGGUUUAUAAUGAUUUCCUUGAUAUCAUGAAAGAGUUCAAGUCACAGAGCAUAGACACUCCUGGAGUAAUCAACCGGGUGUCCCAGCUCUUCAAAGGCCACCCAGACCUCAUCAUGGGGUUUAACACUUUCUUGCCACCUGGAUAUAAGAUUGAGGUUCAAACCAAUGAUCUAGUCAACGUGACCACACCUGGUCAGAUCCACUACAUCACUCCUCAUGGGAUUUCUGUUCAGAACCUCCCUGUAAGUGGAGCAUCCAGCCAACCUGCGAGCCACCACCAGCACCAGAGUCUGUCGCAGCCUGGCGCACAUACUACCAACACCGCCACUCCACCGGCACCCACCCAACCCGCCCCAAAUAAAACCAGCAAGCCAAUUCAGUCUCCAGCUCACACACCUACCAGCCAGCCAAACCCAUCCAUCCCAUCCUAUGCCUCUCCACGCUCACCCACCGUUCAGUCCCACACUCCGGUGAGUAGCACGCCGUCCAGUGCACCUCCUCUUCAGAACAACCAGCCUGUGGAGUUCAACCACGCUAUCAAUUACGUCAACAAGAUCAAGAAUCGUUUCCAGGGUCAGCCAGACAUCUACAAGGCUUUUCUGGAAAUCCUGCACACAUACCAGAAAGAACAAAGAAAUGCUAAAGAGGCAGGAGGAAACUACACCCCAGCUCUGACCGAGCAGGAGGUCUACACUCAAGUGGCAAGACUCUUCAAGAACCAGGAGGAUCUGCUGUCAGAGUUUGGGCAGUUCCUCCCUGAUGCUAACAGCUCAAUGCUGCUGGGCAAGGCUACUCCAGACAGGGCAGAUUCUGUGCGAAACGACCAUGGCGGCACUGUUAAGAGACCCUUACUGAACAACAAACAGAGGCUGAAUCAGAACGGCCUGCCAAUCAGAAGACCUGGUGGAGUGGGGGCCACACCGCCUAUCAAGAAGAAACCCAAAAUAAUGGGGAAGGACCAUGGCCUGACUGAAGUCAGCAAACACAGCACCAGCACAGAAACCAUGUUCUUUGAAAAGGUGAAGAAGGCUCUUCGUAGCUCCGAGGCCUACGACAACUUCCUGCGAUGUCUUCACAUUUUUAACCAAGAAGUAAUCUCUCGUGCCGAGCUGGUCCAGUUAGUCAUCCCUUUUCUUGGAAAAUUCCCCGAGCUUUUCACAUGGUUCAAAAACUUCCUGGGGUACCGAGAGUCUUGUCAUGGGGAGUCGAGCCACGCUGAGAGUUUACCCAAGGAGCGUGCAACAGAGGGCAUCGCCAUGGAGAUCGACUACGCUUCCUGUAAGAGGCUGGGGUCCAGCUACAGAGCACUGCCAAAGAGCUACCAGCAGCCCAAAUGCACAGGAAGGACGCCGCUGUGCAGAGAGGUUUUGAACGACACAUGGGUGUCAUUCCCAUCGUGGUCUGAAGAUUCCACAUUUGUGAGCUCCAAAAAGACUCAGUAUGAGGAGCACAUUUACAGAUGUGAGGAUGAGCGUUUUGAGCUGGAUGUUGUGUUGGAAUCCAACCUGGCCACAAUACGAGCCCUGGAGACUGUGCAGCGGAGACUCUCUCGCAUGUCAGCUGAGGAACAGCUGCGCUUUAAGCUGGACAACACAAUGGGUGGCUCUUCAGAGGUCAUUCAUCGCAAAGCUAUCCAGCGGAUAUAUGGAGACAAAGCCCACGACAUAAUAGAUGGGCUCAAGAGGAACCCGGCUGUGUCUGUCCCCAUAGUGCUUAAAAGGUUAAAGAUGAAGGAAGAGGAGUGGAGAGAAGCACAGAGAGGCUUCAACAAAAUCUGGCGGGAGCAGAAUGAAAAAUACUACCUUAAGUCACUCGAUCAUCAAGGCAUCAACUUCAAGCAGAAUGACACCAAAGUGUUACGCUCCAAGACGUUACUGAAUGAAAUUGAGAUGCUUUAUGAUGACCGCCAGGAGCGAGCAUCAGAAGAAACUGCCACGCCAGCGCCGAGCGGCCCACACAUGACUCUGACCUACGAAGACAGCCAAAUCCUGGAGGACGCUGCCGCCCUCAUCAUCCACCACGUCAAAAGGCAGGUGGGCAUCCAGAAAGAAGACAAGUACAAGAUCAAACAGAUCAUUCACCACUUCAUCCCUGACCUGCUGUUUGCACGGCGAGGGGAGCUCUCUGAUGUGGAAGAAGAGGAAGAUGAGGAGGAAGAGGACAUGGAUAUGGAUCAAGAUGCCCCCAAGAAGCAUAACGGCCUGCCUGGCAGCAGCCCGUCAAAGUCUAAACUCCUCUUCAACAACACGGCAGCUCAGAAGCUGCGCGGCUCUGACGAGGUCUAUAACAUGUUCUAUGUGAACAACUAUUGGUACGUCUUCCUUCGUCUUCACCACAUCCUUUGUUCUCGCCUGCUGAAAAUCUACGGGCAGGCGGAGAAGCAGAUAGAGGAGGACAGCCGUGAGAGAGACUGGGAAAGAGAAGUGCUGGGGCUCAAAAGGGAAAAGAAUGAAAAUCCAGCGAUUCAACUGAAGAUGAAAGAGCCUAUGGAUGUGGAUGUUGAAGACUAUUACUCUGUGUUUCUGGAAAUGGUGCGUAAUCUUCUGGAUGGAAACAUGGAGCCAGCUCAGUAUGAGGACUCCCUGAGAGAAAUGUUCACCAUCCAUGCCUACAUUGCCUUCACCAUGGACAAACUCAUCCAGAGCAUCGUACGGCAGCUCCAGCACCUCGUAACUGAUGAUGUCUGUGCACGUGUAACGGACAUGUAUCUUAGUGAAAGUGCCAACAAAGCCACAGGAGGCACACUGUCCACACAGACAUCCAGGGCAGCAGCAGAAGGGGCCUACCAACGCAAAGCGGAGCAGCUCAUGUCUGAUGAGAACUGCUUUAAGUUGAUGUUCAUUAAAAGCAAAGGAUCUGUCAGCUUGGCCUUGGAGCUGCUCGACACAGAAGAGGAGAACUCUGACGAGCCUGCAGAGGCAGAAAGGUGGUCCGACUACGUGGGCAGAUACCUGAACUCUGAUUCUGCAUCCCCUGAGCUCCGGGAGCAUCUCGCCCAGAAGCCGGUGUUUCUGCCCAGGAACCUGAGACGGAUAAGAAAGUGCCAGAAAGGAUGGGAGCAGCUACAGCAAGACAGGUUGACCAAGGGACCCUCUGACAAGGCGCAGGCCGGCAGCGGUGAGCUAAAGAUGGAGUGCAUGUUCAAGCUGAACUCUUACAAGAUGGUCUACGUCUGCAAGUCAGAGGACUACAUGUACAGACACACAGCGCUCACACGGGCUCACCAGUCCCACCAGAGGGUCAACACCCGCCUGCACAGACGCUUUCAGGCCAGGCUGGACUCCUGGGCCAAGGAGCACGUGACCAGCGACAUGGCUGCCGACAACCGCAAGUGGCUGAUGGGAGAGGAACAAGAAGGCCUGCUGCCCUGCACAACCACCUGCACCCCUGAGGUCCUCCAUUAUCUCAACAUUAACAAGUACAGGGUGAAGUACAGAACACUGUAGAGUCUCUAAAGGACAGAGAAACUGUCUUUACUCGACAAACUGCCACUGAUGACAAAUGCGUUAGCUCCAUGUGGAUUUUCCAACAUGCUGUUACUGGACUCAGCUGCCAAAACUUUUUGGGUCCUCAGUCCAUGAAUUUGUGAAUGUUUGAGAAUUGAUUCAGGAGCCUGGUCCCAAUAUUCAAGCUCACGCCACUAACUUAGAUGUUUUAUACAUUUCAAACACCAACUUUUCUCUAUAAUUAAUCGUAAUUGUAUAUUAGAUACAGAUUUUUACUGGAGAUAUGCAAAGAAGCUCUCCUUACCGUAACUUUUUAGCGCGGGAGAUUCAGAUUUUAAACGACAAAUAAAAACAGGUUAAGCAUUUUUCAUAGCUGCAACUCAACAACCUAGCUCUACAGAGUAUUUUUCUCUGAGAACCGCCUCAUUUAUAACAAGAAAUACAAACAAACCUCAGUUUUGUCUCUACCAAGAGCGCCAACCUGUCCCUCCCUCCAUUCUAAAUAUUUGUCCUCAGACCUGAGAUGAGUCUGGCUUCCAGCUGUAAACUUGUGAGCCUGUGAAUGUCUUUCUUCUCGGUGGUAAAGGUGCAAUAAAGCACUGUGUAAUAAUAAUUUAUGACCGCCCAUACACUUUAUGUAAAUAUGUUGUUUAUAUCUAGAUUUUUAAUCAGAUGUCAUUGAUGUGUAGCGUACAUGAACACAUGCAUAGUACUGAUCGGAAGCUAGAGUCUGCAGAGAAGUUUAUUAAGAAGCAUUUUAGUUUUUUUUUUGUUUGUUUUUUUUUUUAACCAAAGGAUGUUAAAGUGAGACCUUCUUCCUUUGUGGUUUGUCAAACGUGCUGUCCCUACACUUUGAAAUUAGUUAUAAAGACACGUUUCUGUGUGUGUCAACCUUUUUCUGAGCAUUUCUACCUUUAGUCUUUGGCAUCAGUUUGACUCGUGGUUUUAAGAUGACUGAAUGUAGCCGAGCAGCAGUUCCCUUUUUUUUUUGAGUUAAUGUCAGAGUACUGGAGUGUUAACAGUACAAUCCACUUUCCUUGUAUUAAAACUUCACCAAAUGGUUAAACUGUGCUACAGGUUCAGUUAUAACAGUAUAUCAACUAUAAAAACUGUACAGAAGUUGUUUAUUUUUUAUUCCCAGUGUUGACAGCGAACACUGACGAGUGUACAGUGUGUCUAUACGUGAAUGUCAGCUAUGUGACUUGUGUACAGUUUAUGGAUUAACAAAACAAGCAAGCAAUAAUUCCCCUCCUGUCGUAGUUUAUCAGAGCUAUUUGUAUGUCUCUCUGAAAUACAAAUGUGAAUGUUGUAUUCCCUUCAAAGAGGGAUGUAAAUAAGCAUUUGUACACCUUUCCCCCGCUGCAGUUUGUUUUCAUGAGCCUAGAAAGGGCUCUGACGAUAUCCAGGAAAAGUCUGAUGGAGAGAUGACCGUCACAUGAAAUGCUGUCUAAGGAAAUCAACACCAUAUUCCUCUUAUUAACUUUAGAAAGCAGAAGGAUCCUUUAUGAUUUUAAAAGUGGAUCCUAACUAAAUAAAAGGUUAAAAUCAGAAUCCAUCCCUCCAGUGUUGUCCUGAGCUCUUCAAAUCUAUGGUCGGUAACAUAACCAGCUACAGACAAUCUUGGAGCAGUUUUAAUACCUGGUUUUUAUUUUUAUAUUUCCUGUGUUGAAUACAAAGCAGCACAGGAAGUCCUGCAGAGCUGAUUGUAUAUAAAAACAUUGUUUGUACCUCGUUUUAUUUGUUUCUUCUAUUGACUUUUCUGAUGUUGUACAUGAGUGUUAGUAUGGUGUUUGGCAUUAAAAUAUCCUGAAAUAGACUCAAACUCAUUUCCUUUUCAUUUCUUUCUACAAGAUGGGCUGAUUUUUUAAAAGAACAGGGUUGCCCCAGAUCCUU